CUCACUAAUCACUUCAAAUUUGUAUUAAUCAAUCAAUCUUGAUCACAUUUUUCCAACCUAAGAUAAAACAAUAGCAAAAAAAUGAAUGCUUUUCAUGUUUCCUCUCCAGCAUUUUGUGCAACUCUUCUCCUUUUCAUUGCCAAUGUUUGGUUGUGUCAUGGAAUCACAAGGCACUAUAGGUUUGAUAUAAGGUUGCAAAAUGUGACACAUUUGUGCAAGACAAAGAGCGUGAUCACUGUGAAUGGCAAGGUUCCUGGUCCAAGAAUCAUUGCUAGGGAGGGUGACCGAGUCAUCAUAAGAGUUGUUAACCAUCUCAACAACAAUGUUUCCAUUCAUUGGCAUGGUAUUCGACAGAUGGGAAGCCAAUGGGCAGACGGUCCUGCAUACAUAACACAAUGUCCAAUUCAGAUAAACAACAGUUAUGUGUACAAUUAUACAAUUAAAGGUCAAAGAGGGACUCUAUUUUGGCAUGCCCAUAUUUCUUGGCUAAGGGCAUCUCUUCAUGGACCUAUCAUCAUUCUUCCAAGGAGAAAACAAUCAUAUCCAUUCCCUAAGCCCCACAAGGAAGCCACCAUUAUGUUUGGUGAAUGGUGGAAUAAUGAUACUGAAGCAGUCAUCAGUGAAGCACUUGAAAGCGGGGGUGGCCCAAACGUGUCGGAUGCAUAUACGUUCAACGGAUUUCCAGGGCCAUUCUACAAUUCAUGUAGCAGGGCUAAAGGUAUGGCAGACACAUAUAAGCUAAAGGUAAAGCCAGGGAAAACCUACCUGUUGCGUUUGGUUAAUGCUGCACUCAAUGAUGAGUUGUUCUUCAGCAUAUCAAACCACACUAUGACUGUUGUUGAAGCAGAUGCUCUUUAUGUUAAGCCCUUUAAUACUAACAUUUUAGUCAUUGCGCCGGGUCAAACCACCAAUGUACUCCUUAAAACCAAGACAAAUCCUAGACAUAAAACUUACCUAAUGGCUGUAAGGCCUUACUUUACUGGUAGUGGUACCUUUGACAACACUACCGCAGCAGCUAUCCUAGAGUAUGAAAUGCCACCUUCAAAGUCAUCCUCGGUUAUUCGCAACAUCAUUUCAAACAAUCUCCCUCGUCUUCCUUCAAUAAACGACACUUCAUUUGUGGCCAAUUUCUCUCAAAUAUUCCGAAGUUUGAACAAUGCCAAGUUUCCAGCCAAAGUCCCAAAAACUGUGGAUAAACACUUUUUUUUUACGGUGGGACUUGGUACCACCCCUUGCCCAAACAACCAAACUUGCCAAGGCCCUAAUAACCGCACCAAAUUCGCUGCAACAAUGAACAACAUUUCUAUGGCCCUCCCAACAACUGCCCUUCUACAAUCCCACUUCUUUGCUCAAAAUGCUGGUGUUUACAACACUAAUUUCCCUCAAUUUCCACUUAAAAUGUUCAAUUACACCGGCACGCCACCCAAUAACACUAAUGUAAUGAAUGCUACCAAAGUGUUAGUUGUCCCUUAUAACGCAAAUGUGGAGCUUAUACUGCAGGACACUAGCAUUAUUAGUGCUGAAAGCCACCCUAUUCAUUUACAUGGCUAUGAUUUCUACGUUGUUGGCCAAGGUUUUGGUAACUUCAACCCUAACAAGGAUCCUGCCAACUAUAAUCUUCUUGAUCCCGUUGGAAGGAACACCGUUGGCGUGCCAUCCGGCGGUUGGGUUGCCCUUCGUUUCAAGGCAGAUAACCCAGGAGUAUGGUUCAUGCACUGUCAUUUUGAGGUUCACAUGAGUUGGGGGCUAAGGAUGGCUUGGCUUGUCCUUGAUGGAAAACUACCCAAUCAAAAGGUGCCACGUCCACCGGCCGACCUUCCUAAAUGCUGAUUCAUCAGCCUUUUUCUUGGCUGUCAAAUAAUUACUAGUUUCUGUUUUUGAUUUUGCCGAACAUAAAUUAUUUUAUUUUUGUUUGCUUGAGUGAGCCCGGAAGUUUAUGGUUGUUGUUAAGCCAGAGUGAUGCAUUGAAUUGUAGAGUUUGUUUGGAAUAAUGGUGGUUUUGUACAUUUUUCCAACUUUCCAUCAAAUACAUUCAUUUCCAGAUUUGGGAAAAUACAAA